GCAAGACGGCUCACCCACCUAGUGUUUGCCUUCUUUACAAUGGAAUCUGAUGGUCAGAUAUAUUUGGAUGGUGAUGCUGCACAGAGACGGCUGGAGAGCGUUAUGGCUGUGGCAAGAAGACAUCCGCACCUCAAGAUACUGUUUGCUAUUGGCGGAUGGGAAAACUCUCAGUAUUUCACCUUGCUGGCGGCUGAUUAUCCUCGAAGAAGUCUUCUCAUUGAUAAUAUUAUUGACACCAUCAAAAAAUACAAUUUUGAUGGAGUGGAUUUGGAUUGGGAAUAUCCAGUGACUGGAGGAUCCGUUGAGGGGACACCGGCCGACAGAAGAAACUACGUUCACCUGAUGAGAGAAUUGCGGAAUAAACUAAGAGAAGUCGAAGAACAAGCCAACAGACCAACGACCUACUUGAUUUCUUUCGCCGGAGCCGCUGGUCAUUGGGUACUCAAGCCAGGCUACGAUCUCGUACAACUGGUGAAGUACGUUGACUUUGUGAAUGUGAUGUCAUACGAUUACUUUGGAGCAUGGCAAUCUAAAUGGGGCGCAUUUACUGGACCACCAGCACCACUGCAAUUUGCCACGCCUAAAGGAUUCUCCGGACGAAUGAACGUACAUGCUACCAUGAAGUACUACAGCUGUCAGAUCAAAGCUACUAACAAGGUAGGUUAA